AUGGUCAAGGUUACUGUUUGCGGUGCUGCCGGAGGAAUCGGUCAGCCAUUGUCGCUCUUGUUAAAGCUCAAUCCCCAAGUGACAGAAUUGUCUCUUUUCGACGUUGUCAAUGUCCCAGGUGUGGGCGCUGACUUGUCUCACAUUAACUCUGGUGCUACGACCAAGUCGUUCUUGCCUUCCUCAAGAGAGGACACCACUGCAUUGGCUGAGUCGCUUAAGGGCUCUGACAUUGUGGUGAUCCCAGCUGGUGUUCCAAGAAAGCCAGGUAUGACCAGAGAUGACUUGUUUAACAUCAAUGCUUCCAUCGUGCAAAGUUUGGCGCAGGGUAUCGCCGACAAUGCUCCUGAGGCUCUUGUGUUGAUCAUCUCUAACCCUGUCAACUCUACCGUGCCAAUUGUGGCCGAAACCUUGAAGAAGAACAACGUGUACAACCCAGCCAAGUUGUUCGGUGUCACUACCUUGGACAUUGUGCGUGCCAACACCUUCAUCUCGCAGCUUUUCGCCUCCGAGACCAAGCCAACCGACUUUGAAGUUCCUGUUGUUGGUGGCCACUCUGGUGAGACCAUUGUGCCAUUGUACUCCGUGGGUGCUAAGUCCUACUACGACAAGUUGUCUGCUGAGCAGAAGAAGGAGUUGGUGCACAGAGUGCAGUUUGGUGGUGACGAGGUUGUCCAAGCCAAGAACGGUGCAGGUUCUGCCACUUUGUCCAUGGCCUACGCUGGUUACCGUUUGGCCGAGUCGUUGUUGAAAGCUUCGCUGGGCGAAUCCGUGACUGAGUGCACUUUCUUGAACUUGGACUCGUCAAUCAAGGGUGCCUCCGAGGCCAAGAAGUUGGUGAAGGACCUUGAUUUCUUCUCUUUGCCAGUCACUUUGAGCAAGGACGGUAUUGCUGAGGUUCACUACGACAUUUUGAACAAGAUCAACGAUGACGAGAAAAAGUUGUUGGAGGUUGCCAUUGAACAGUUGUCUGGUAACAUUUCCAAGGGUGUCAGCUUUGUGAAGAAGUAG